CUCCCUCAUUCUACUACCUACCAACAUCCCCUUACAAAUAGGGCUGGGUAUUUUAUCAGUGGAUCUGUUGGCAGUCUUGCGUACUGCAGCUGAGCCCAGAAGGCUUGGCUUUAUUGCACUAGGGGGAACAGUAGGCCUCCAGGAUAUACUGUGCAAGUGGUAAACACAAAGGGAGGGCUAUCUGCUGCUGCUGCUGCUGCUGCUGCUGUAGCCCCAGUCAGUACUUGACUGAGAGAGAGACAGACAGAGAGAGAAAGAGAGAGAGAAGAAAUGGAAGCAUCCAGCCAGCUACUAAGUCUUGAUCAACAGAAGGAGGAAGAUGUUGGGACUAGCUUGUUUCACUGCCAUAUGAAGCAAAGAAGGCUUUUGAAUCCUCAAGAGGAGAUGAAGUUCCUGUUACACCGGUUGAUAGUCGUCGCCAGCCUCCCCCAGCAACACGCAGACAGGAAAGACCUGGGAGUACACUACGAAGAGCUGAACCAGCGCUUGCAGAGGUAUUACCAAGGUGACACUAUCACAGGUCUGCUUUUGCUGUACCCAACCUGCAUGCUUCAUGUCAUUGAGUCCUCCAGCGAGGUUCUUGUGUCUCUGCUGCAGGAUCUGAGAGACAUGCAGGAACAGCCACACUGUGUUCUGAUCGAGGCACCCAGGGUCUUGGUGAUGUCACAUGACCUUCCCAGCAGGCUGUUCCAGCAGUGGAGCUACAAGGUGCUGAAUGUGCAGGCCAAGGUGGGUGGGGCGCUGAGUAGAGACGGGCCAGAGGAGGAGGAGGAGGAGGACACAGAGACACUGGUCAGCACCACCCUGUCUAUGCUGCUCAAGCUUGGGAAUCACCUCCUCAAAGCCACCAAGGGGUCAAAGAUGCCCCCGGGCUCUGUUCUCGAUGAGGUACCAGAGAUGAUAGUCCCUCAGUACAUCCUGGUUCAGCUCCUGUCCAGAGGAGACCUUCUGAGCCCCCAGCAGUACCUGCAGGCCUACCACACCCCUCUCCACAUCCUCAUGGACUCUGGGCACGUGUUUGGAAGCAGUCAGCUAACUACAGUUUAGUGUUUGGCCAAAAGGUCAAAGAGCGUACUUGGCCUCCACCUGAGCAUCUUCGAUGUGAAUUCUGACUUCUGAUGUGAUACAACUGGAUAUUUGAAUGUGCUUCCUACUCAAUAUAUUUUCAGAGUUCAUGCCUGGUUAUUUGUAUGUGUUAUUGAAAACUGCCAUUCAUCUGGACUAUGUGUAAUAAUUGUCCUUGCUCUAAAAACAGAUACUACAUAACAAGAUACAUUGUUUGGUACUAUAGCGUUAAAAUACACAGGGACUGCAGGAUUGGUUGGUUGUAUAUUGCAAAUAUUUCAUAAAUAUUUUACUGAAUGUGAACUGGCAUUAGAUGUAUUUUCUUUCCCGUGUAUAUACUGUCACACCCAAACCAUACUCACAAUAAGGCAUGAUUAAAUACACAUAUAUAAAAAAACAUUUUUUAAUAGUUUCAACAUUCUGAUGAGCAUUGUUUCUGAUCUUACAGUACAUGUCCAUAGUAGAUGUUCCACUCUGUGACUGGGAGGGAGUUUGUCCCCUCUCUUUAUUUCAGUGUCCCCAAUGUCACUGCAGUUUGACAUAGUACAGUAGGGCCUUUAUAUCUAAAAACAAUGUCUCCAGAGCAUCAAUCUUUCCAUUUUAUUUAGGCCCCCUUGUGUUAAUUUAUUACUUGAACAUAAACUAUGCAAAAAGGUUCAUAAAGAGGUACUUGCCUACCAAACAAUAGCUGCAUGCACCACGGUGUCAUAACUUACAAAUGUUCAUACAGGCAAACCAGGUGUGUUUUAUCCCACAUUUGUUCAGGCUUGGCUGAUUGGCCAACAAAAAAAGGCGUAUCUUUGUUUUGCCUAAUUUGAAGCAGGAGUGUUUUUUCAUCCGAUGGAUAAUUGGAUUGAUUUAUGCCCAUAUAAGGCUAUCCUCAGAGAAUAACUAAAAUGUUUACAGACAAAAAUAAAUACACUGCCAGUCAUCCAUGCAGUGUCACUGUCAUUCUGUCCUGACUCAUUAGGCAAAAAAACUAGAAGUUAGAUGCUAUAUUGUCUCCGAGUUGUAUUAAGUCAUUAAGUUAGGCAAUUAUUAAGCCAUGCUUUUAGAUGUAUAGUACUUCAUAUAUUUAUGUGACUCUGCUUAGUGAUAGUUGAUUGACUGGAUGGAACGUUGGAGCUCAACAAAAAUGCAAUACAGGAACUGUGGACUGAUAAACUGAGCAUACGGCAGAACUGAAUAAUUCUACCUGCAUUGCAAGGCCCUUUUUCUUUUCACAUAUAAAAAGAAAUAUGACAAGCACAGGUAAAUAGGACCAACGAUAAGACAAAUUUCACAAGCAUGAUGAAAAAGCAUGCUGCUGAUUUUCACACAUGGGACAAUGUCUAGUCAUAACCCCCAAGCCUGUUAA